AUGACAAGAAUGCUGAGAACCUAUAAAAUUGUGAAAACUUUGAAAGGACGAUUUGGUGUUGUCCAUGGAGCCAUUCAACAUAAUCAGUACUUUUCAAGAAUUGGUAUCCGAUCACUCACUGUGAAGGCACAGACUGCCAAUUUGGUGCUGGAAGAUGGUACUAGGAUGAGAGGCUACUCUUUUGGGCAUCCAUCCUCUACAGCUGGGGAAAUUGUAUUCAAUACUGGCCUUGCUGGAUACACUGAAAGUCUGACUGACCCCAGCUACCAUGGGCAGAUCCUCACCCUGGUCAAUCCCAUCAUAGGAAAUGGUGGUGUCCCUGACACAGCUGCUUCAGAUGAAAUUGGCCUCAGUAGAUAUUUGGAAUCUGAUGGCAUCAAGGUUUCAGGCCUACUGGUGCUGGACUACACCAAUGAAUACAGUCACUGGAGGGCAGUCAAGACUCUGGGUGAAUGGCUGAAAGAAGAAAAGAUACCAGCUCUUUAUGGGAUUGACACCAGGAUGCUUUCUAAAAUAAUUCGAGACAAGGGAACUAUUCUUGGAAAGAUUGAAUUUGAGGGUCAGCCUGUGGAAUUUUUGGAUCCAAACAAGAAAAACUUAAUUGCCGAAGUAUCAACAAAGGAGGUCAGAAUAUAUGGCAAAGGAAAUCCAAUCAAAAUUGUAGCUGUGGAUUGUGGAUUGAAGCACAAUGCUAUUCGUUUGCUAGUAAAGAGAGGUGCUGAAGUUCAUUUAGUGCCUUGGAAUCAUGAUUUUACCUCAAUGGACUAUGAUGGACUUUUCAUUUCUGGAGGCCCUGGUGAUCCAACCCAAGCACCAGAACUAAUUGAAAAUGUCAGGAAGGUUCUUAAAAAUGAUCGCCAGGAGUCUUUGCUUGGAACCAGUAUGGGGAAUCUCAUUACUGGAUUAGCAGCUGGGGCAACAUCCUACAAAAUGGCCAUGGCAAACAGAGGACAGAAUCAGCCAGUUGUGAAUGUCUUAAAUGGACAAGCUUUCAUUACUGCUCAGAAUCAUGGAUAUGCAAUUGAUGGCAACUCUCUCCCUUCAGAUUGGAAGCCUUUGUUUGUGAAUGCAAACGAUCAAACCAACGAGGGAAUUAUGCAUGAAAACAAGCCAAUUUUCACAGUGCAGUUCUAUCCAGAAGGCAAUCCAGGGCCAACCGACACUGAGUUCAUAUUUGAUUCAUUUAUCUCACUCAUCAAGAAGGGAAAAGCUACAAGUGUUCCUUCAGUGCUACCCAAAACCACAGCUGCAACUUCAAGAGUCGAGGUUUCCAAAGUUCUCAUCCUAGGAUCUGGUGGUUUGUCUAUUGGUCAAGCAGGAGAAUUUGAUUAUUCUGGCUCCCAGGCUGUGAAAGCCAUGAAGGAAGAAAAUGUGAAAACUGUUCUGAUGAACCCCAACAUUGCAUCGGUUCAGACAAAUGAAGUUGGCUUAAAGCAAGCUGACACUGUUUAUUUCCUUCCAAUCACCCCACAUUUUGUUACAGAGGUCAUCAAAGCAGAACGACCAGAUGGAUUAAUUCUUGGCAUGGGUGGGCAAACUGCUCUGAACUGUGGAGUGGAGCUGUUUAAGUGUGGCAUUCUGCAGGAAUAUGGAGUGAAGAUCCUUGGAACAUCGGUUGAAUCUAUCAUGGCUACCGAGGACAGGCAGAUGUUUUCAGACAAGCUGAAUGAAAUUAAUGAGAAGAUUGCUCCCAGCUAUGCUGUGGAAUCGAUAGAAGAUGCUUUGGAAGCAGCAGAAAAAAUUGGCUACCCUGUUAUGAUUCGCUCAGCUUAUGCUUUGGGAGGAUUAGGAUCAGGUUUAUGCACUGACAAGGAACAUCUCCUGGAUCUUGCUACCAAGGCAUUUGCAAUGACCAAUCAAAUUCUUGUGGAGAAAUCAGUGGUGGGAUGGAAGGAAAUUGAAUAUGAAGUUGUGAGAGAUGCAGCUGACAAUUGUAUCACUGUCUGCAAUAUGGAAAAUGUUGAUGCAAUGGGAGUUCAUACAGGAGAUUCUGUUGUGGUGGCUCCCAGCCAGACCCUUUCAAAUGAAGAGUUGCAGAUGCUACGGAAAUCAACGAUCAACGUUGUCCGCCACUUGAACAUUGUGGGGGAGUGUAAUAUCCAGUAUGCCUUAAAUCCCACCUCUCUAGAGUACUGCAUCAUUGAAGUUAACGCUCGACUUUCUAGAAGCUCUGCCUUGGCAUCAAAGGCCACAGGGUAUCCUUUGGCAUUUAUAGCUGCCAAAAUAGCCCUUGGGAUCCCACUACCAGAAAUUGAGAAUGUAGUAUCUGGAAAGACCACUGCCUGUUUUGAACCAAGCUUGGAUUAUAUAGUAACCAAGAUACCACGCUGGGACCUUGAUCGUUUUCCAGGUGCAUCCAACAAGAUUGGGAGCUCAAUGAAGAGUGUGGGUGAGGUUAUGGCUAUUGGACGCACCUUUGAAGAGAGCUUCCAGAAGGCUUUAAGAAUGUGCCACCCAUCCAUUGAUGGCUUCACAUCAUGCUUGCCAAUGAAUAAAGACUGGCCUGCUGAGGUGGAUCUCAGAAGUGAACUAUCUGAUGCCUCCAGUACACGAAUGUAUGCAGUGGCCAAGGCCUUGAAUGAAAACUUCCCUGUAGAUGAUAUCCAUAGACUUACAGACAUUGAUAAAUGGUUCAUCUUUAAAAUGCGUAAUAUUGUGAACAUGGAGAAGAACUUAAAAGCUUUUGAUAGUGACUCUGUUCCAGAAGAAAGCCUGAGGAGAGCCAAGCAGAUCGGCUUCUCAGAUAAGCAGAUUGGGAAAUGUCUGGGACUGAGUGAAACUCAGAGCAGGGAACUGAGAAUCAAGAAGAACAUAACCCCUUGGGUGAAACAGAUUGAUACGCUGGCAGGAGAAUACCCUGCUGUAACUAAUUACCUCUAUGUCACUUACAAUGGUCAGGAACAUGAUGUAAAAUUUGACGACCAUGGAAUGAUGGUGCUGGGCUGUGGACCAUAUCAUAUAGGAAGUAGUGUGGAGUUUGACUGGUGUGCUGUUUCUUGCAUCCGCACCUUGCGUCAGCUCUCCAAAAAGACAGUUGUGGUAAACUGCAACCCAGAGACAGUGAGCACCGAUUUUGAUGAAUGUGACAGGCUUUACUUUGAGGAACUAUCACUUGAGAGAAUCUUGGACAUUUACCAACGGGAGGCAUGUGAUGGCUGCAUCAUCUCUGUAGGAGGGCAGAUCCCAAAUAACCUAGCUGUGCCACUUUACAGAAAUGGAGUUAAAAUUAUGGGAACCAAUCCACUGCAGAUUGAUCGUGCAGAAGAUAGAUCUGUAUUCUCAGCUGUUCUUGAUGAGUUGCAGGUGGCCCAGGCACCCUGGAAAGCAGUCAGUUCCUUGGAAGAUGCUGUGGAAUUUGCAAACUCAGUUGGUUACCCUUGCUUGUUGAGACCUUCGUAUGUUUUGAGCGGUUCAGCAAUGAAUGUAGUACAUACAGAGAAAGAAAUGAAGAAGUUCUUGGCAGAGGCAACCAGAGUUUCACAGGAGCACCCUGUUGUCCUAACAAAAUUCAUUGAAGGAGCUCGAGAGGUGGAAAUGGAUGCGAUUGCAAAGAAUGGAAAGGUUAUCUGCCAUGCCAUCUCUGAGCAUGUGGAAGAUGCAGGAGUUCAUUCUGGAGAUGCUACUUUGAUGUUUCCUGCACAAACAAUUAGCCAAGGAGCUUUAGAGAAGGUGAAAAUUGCAACCAGAAAGAUUGCUGAUGCCUUUGCUAUCUCUGGACCAUUCAAUAUCCAGUUUCUCGUCAGGGGAAAUGAUGUGCUGGUGAUAGAGUGUAACUUGCGAGCAUCGCGAUCUAUUCCAUUUAUAUCCAAGUCCCUUGGUCUGGAUUUCAUUGAUGUGGCCACUAAAGUGAUGACUGGGGAACAGAUCCAUGAAUCCUCCCUUCCUGCACUGACAAGCCCUAUGAUUCCAUCAAAUUAUGUGGGCAUUAAGGCUCCAAUGUUCUCCUGGCCCCGUUUGAGAGAUGUUGACCCUAUUCUACGAUGUGAAAUGGCAUCCACUGGGGAGGUGGCUGGCUUUGGAGAAAAUGUUCACUCAGCCUUCCUGAAAGCAAUGCUCUCUGCAGGAUUUAAAUUGCCACGGAAGGGAAUUCUGCUUGGAGUCCAGCAUUCCUUCCGUCCAAAAUUUCUUCAUGAAGUAGAGCAGCUGCAUAAUCAAGGUUUUAAGCUUUAUGCUACACCAGCAACUUCAGCAUGGCUCAGUAGUAAUGGCAUACCUGCAUCUCCAGUUGCCUGGCCUUCGAAGGAGAACUCAGAAUCCACACUUCCUCCAGUCAGACAGCUCAUAAAGGAUGGGAGCAUAGACUUGGUAAUUAACCUUCCUAAUAACAACACCAAGUUUGUGCAAGAUAAUUACCUAAUCCGUAGGGCAGCUGUUGAUGGUGGAAUCUCUCUCCUCACUAAUUUACAGGUAGCAAAACUCUUCACUGAAGCUCUCUACUAUUCCGGAAAACUGGACUGUAAAAGCCUGUUCCACUAUAGAUGGUUGAAUAGCAGCACUGCAGCAUAG